UGGGUGGGUGGGGUAAUAAAGGCAAUCACUUUAAUGGCAAGUGACAACAUUAACAACACAGGUUUUAGUGAACUGGUUUGAUUGUACUUGUACUGGAAGACAGAAAAACCCCGAGGGAAAGUGACAACACCGCGGCAGUUCCGGAAGACUACCUUUCCAGUGAAAGUGUACUUUGAAAUGUCUAAACCGAUGGAUCACGUAAAGCGCCCCAUGAAUGCUUUCAUGGUGUGGUCGAGAGCUCAGCGCCGGAAAAUGGCUCAGGAAAACCCUAAAAUGCACAACUCUGAAAUUAGUAAGAGGUUGGGAGCCGAAUGGAAACUUCUCACGGAGACUGAAAAGAGACCAUUUAUUGACGAAGCUAAACGACUGAGGGCUAUGCAUAUGAAGGAACACCCCGAUUAUAAGUACAGACCUAGACGGAAACCCAAGACUUUAAUGAAGAAAGACAAGUUUGCCUUCCCGAUACCCUACAGCCUGGGCGAUCACGAGGGGUUAAAGGCGAGCGGCUUGCACGGGGGCACCCUGGCGGACUCCUUACUUGCGAACCCAGAUAAGGCAGCAGCGGCAGCUGCGGCAGCAGCAGCCAGAGUAUUCUUCAACCCAGCAGCUGCCGCGAAUCCAUACUCAUUUUUCGACUUGGGCUCGAAGAUGACUGAGAUCUCUCCACACUCAUUUCCGUACGGGUCCCCUCUGGGGUACCCCAGUGCAGGAACUGCUUUCUCCGGGGCAGGUGCUAUCGGUACUGGGACCCAUACUCACACGCACUCGCAUCCUUCUCCAAGCAAUCCUGGCUACAUGAUCCCUUGUAACUGCAGCGGCUGGCCCUCUCCGGGACUCCAGCCACCUCUAGCUUACAUCUUACUACCUGGAAUGGGCAAACCCCAGCUAGAACCGUACCCUGCCUAUGCAGCUGCUUUAUGACAUCUUGGGGGAGGGGAAAAAAAACUGUAAAUGUGUAAAUAUAUUUAGAAGGGAAGUUUAUUAAAUGCAUGUGCAAAUAUAUACAUGUGAUAUAAUUUAAUGUCACCUGUAUGUUGCGCGCAAACUGAGAAUCUGACCCAAUCUAGAAUGGGUUGGCUGUAGAAUCUUUUUCUAAAACUAAAGAAAAGUAAAUUAUAAUCUUGUACGUAAUAGAUUUGUUUAUGACAAAAGUAUUAAAUAAUAUGCAAGACAUUGUAGAAACAACAAGCACUUGCCUAUACAUUGU